CGGUCAUGUGACCCACCAGCGUCGCUCUCUUCUGUCUACACACAGAUUUUUGAGAGACAGUUUGCUGGAGAGCUCUUGUGAAGGAUACACCCGAGUGGGACAAAAUGGGAGUGGAUAUAGAGACCACAACCCCCGGCGAUGGAAGGACUUUUCCCAAAAAAGGACAGACAUGCGUGGUGCAUUAUGUUGGCUGUCUGACAGAUGGAUGGAAGUUUGACUCUUCCCGUGACCGUGACAAGCCAUUUAAGUUUAAGAUUGGUAAACAGGAAGUGAUUCGUGGCUGGGAGGAAGGUAUUGUGCAGAUGAGUGUGGGCCAACGGGCAAAGCUGACCUGUUCACCUGACUAUGCAUAUGGUAACAAAGGCCAUCCUGGGAUUAUUCCUCCAAACGCCACUCUUGUCUUUGAUGUGGAGCUUCUCAGUUUGGACCAUUUGUCCUCCUUGGAGUUUAGAAAGUUCACAUCAGCCAGAUUUGCCGUCGCUCUUCUAAUGAAUGUCCCUCUUGCUCUGCCCCCAUCCCCCAUCCUAUGCACGUGCAAGAACCACCCCCUGUUGCUGAUUGGCUGGAGUAGUGUUGGGUGGAUUGGUAUGACCCACGUUGUUUUUGUCCCAUUUACAGAGCCAGGGCUGUGUACAAAUAAUAGAUUUUUUUACACCCACAGAACGGACAGCUAGCAGACUGUGAGGAGAAUUUUUUUUUGCUUAUUAACAAGUGCAGUUUUUACUGUGUUUGCUUUGCUGUGUGUAUGAUUUAUUACUUUUUUGUUGUUGACACAUUUGACACUGCAGCAAUGCAUGCCACUUUUAGUGCUUGUAACGAUUUUGUGAUAAUUGUUUCGCUGACAUACUGAAAAACAAAAAGUGGUUGUGGUAAGAUUUAAAGUGCAUUGUGACACUAAUUGCCAUUGUUGACGUGCGACCUAGACAAUUGAUGUGAUUAAAUUAGAUGCAGAGUAAGUGGCAGUACUAUUUUUAUUGACAUGAAAAUUUAAUUUUAAUUCAAAGGACAUCUGCAGACCUAAAUACUUGAGUUGAUGCUGUCAAUUUCUGUGAUUACAGAUCAAGCAUGAAAUCUAUGGCUUUAAUAGUUAUUCACUGCAUAUGUAUUGACAUACAGAGGCAAAAUCAAUUAAGAAUAUACAUUUGUUUUUUUGCAAUAAAGUGAUUUUACCUGCUUUGGGGAAUGUUGCUUGGUUUAUUGAUUUUAUUUUUUCAUGCCAAACAAGUAUCUCCAUACUGUUUUUAUUUACGAGUAAUCAUUUUGGUGUUAGGAGGGCUUUAAGCCUACCCUUAAUAUAAUAUAUGAAAGCUACCUUAAAGUAAUAGUUCACCCAAUAAUGAAAAUUCUCUCAUCAUUUACUCACUCUUAUGCUGUCUCUGAUGUGUAUGACGAUUCUGCUGAACACAAACAAAGAUAUUAAUAAGAGUAUGUCAGCUCUUUAGGUUUUCACAAUGCAAGUGAAUGGGUACCAAAAUAAAAAAAGCAAAUAAAAGCAGCAUAAAAGUAAUCCAUAAAACUCCAGUGGUUAAAUCUGUCUUUUGAAGUGAUAAGAAAGGUGUGGGUGAGAAACAUAAUUAUUUCAGUUUUUUUUACUAUAAAUUUCUCCCUGCCCAGUAGGUGGCGAUAUACACGAAUAAUGUGAAUCACCAAAAACAAAAAAAGAAUGUGAAAGUGGGGAUUUAAAGUAAAAAAGGACUUAAAUUUUGAUCUGUCUCUCAACCACACCUAUCAGACCACAUCUAUCAGACCACAUCUUAAGAUAUGUUUUUAACUACUGGAUUCUUAUGGAUUUUUUUUUAUGCUGCCGUUAUAUGCUUUUGAAGCUUCAAAAUGUUGGUCACAAUUUGCUUGCAACGUAUGGACCAACAGAGCUGAAAUAUUCUUCUAAAAAUCUUUUAACUAAUGAGAGAAUUUUCAUUUUUGGUUUAAUAAUCCCUUUAAGGUAGAAACUGUUUUUGUUCAGUUAGGAUUGUAGAUUGAUUAUACUAUUGAUUCUCACUGGU